ACAGUAAAGCAAUUGUGGAUGGGAACCUGAAGCUGAUCCUGGGUUUGAUAUGGACCCUCAUUCUGCAUUACUCUAUCUCCAUGCCGAUGUGGGAUGAAGAGGACGAUGAGGCCAAGAAGCAGACCCCGAAGCAGAGGCUGCUGGGAUGGAUCCAGAACAAAUUACCCGAAAUCCCGAUCACCAACUUCAGCAAAGACUGGCAAAGUGGGAAAGCCCUAGGUGCUCUGGUGGAUAGCUGUGCCCCUGGACUGUGCCCGGACUGGGAGACCUGGGAUGGGACAAAACCAGUGGAAAAUGCCAGGGAAGCCAUGCAGCAGGCUGACGAUUGGCUGGGGAUCCCACAGGUGAUCACCCCGGAGGAAAUUUUGGAUCCAAAUGUGGAUGAACACUCGGUCAUGACCUACCUCUCCCAGUUCCCCAAGGCCAAGCUCAAGCCUGGGGCACCACUUCGGCCCAAACUCAAUCCCAAGAAGGCUCGGGCCUACGGACCAGGUAUCGAGCCGACAGGGAAUGUGGUCAUGAGGAAGACGGAAUUCACUGUGGAAACUAUUAGUGCAGGCCAGGGUGAGGUGAUUGUCUAUGUGGAGGACCCCGCUGGGCAUCGUGAGGAGGCUAAAGUGACAGCAAACAAUGACAGAAACCGGACGUACACGGUGUAUUACACUCCCAAGGUGGUCGGACUGCACAAGGUGAGUGGGACA